UACCACAGGCGUGUCUUUAAUGAACUCAAAAGUUGUCAAUCAGCCUAUCAGAAGCUUCCAAAGACAUGACAUCGUCAUCUGGGCUUUCCCAAAUUGUUUAAAUGCAUUGCAAUAUCACUGUUUGCAAAACUUCUGACUUUGAAUAAUGUACUUAAAAUGACCUAAAAAAAAAAAAUAAUCAAUUCAUUAUUCUGGCAUUCAGCAAAUAGCAAUAAAUUUGGUAAUCCUUUACCCAAAACAGGAAAGGUUUAGUCUGAUUUAAUGUCAGAGAGUAGGGGAAAAUAGCAUUUCUUUCCAUAUUUGAUGUAAACAUCUGCUUUCACUGUACAAGUCUGUCGGCUUUCUGUGUUGACAGCGUGAUGCUGACGAGGGGCGGGGGGUGUUGCGUGGUGACCACAAGCGUGAACAUGGAGCCCGCGAGCAUAUAAAGCGAGCGCGCAGUCUGCUGUGAUGCGACUCGACAAGCUGCAGAACUUUUACGGCUUGACUUGAUUCAUGGCAACGUCGUCGUCGUCGCUGGGCCGCGAGGAGCGAGCGGCGGCGGCCGCCUUGACCACCUCCUUCUGCCUGAUCUUCCUCUUUGUCAACGGGGUGAUGUUGCUGACGCUGGGAAGCAAACGUGUGUUUCGGGAGACGUCGCGCUACGUCCUGCUGUCUAACCUGCUGCUCGGAGACACGCUGCAGCUGGCCGUCGUGCAGCUGUUGUACUUGCUGAGCGCCUCUCGCGUCACCCUCACGUACCCCGUGUGCGGCGUGCUCGUCAUGCUCGGCAACCUCUUCAGUAGGAUAUCGCCCCUGGUGCUGGCGGUGAUGUCGCUGGAGAGAUACGUGGCUGUGUGCCACCCUCUCAGGCACGCCUCCAUCAUCACCAGCAGGAACACGGCGGUGGCCGUGCUCGCCGUGUGGGUCUUUACUUUUCUAAAUGUUCUCAUUCUGGGGCUUCUAUUGACGAUGUUUCCUUUCGACCAGCUGGAGAGUCUGCAAAUGUCACAGUUUUGCAGCUUCCAUGCCAUUUUGCUCGUUCCCGUUGCUGAAUCUUACUACGAAGUUUACACAUAUUUGCUGUUCAUCUCCGCAAGCCUGACGAUUGUUUUCGGCUACGUCGGCGUCAUCGUGUCGGCCAGAUCGGCGGCCACGGACAAAGACUCGGCCCGUAAAGCUCGGGACACGCUGCUGCUGCACCUGGCGCAGCUGGGCCUCAGCCUCUUGUCAGUCUUCUACACCAGCCUCACGUUACGCAUCUCAACUUUGUUGAGCCGGGCGGUCUUGGUACGAAUCCAGAGCACUCUGUUUGUGUGCUUAUUCCUUCUGCCCAGAUGUCUGAGUUCCCUCGUUUACGGGCUGAGAGAUCAGAGCCUCCGAGUCGUGUUCGUGUACCAUCUGUGCUUUCACCUCAAAGUGUCUGUCACGCCCGUUAAAGCUGCGUUUGUGUCCUGAGAGCAUCUCUCUUUCCUGCUGCCUUCACCCGCGACACAUUCAAACUUCACACUCUCUACUGGCCUUCAACACACAAAAACAAAACAAAACACUGUCAUGGUCACCGUGUCACUAUUAACAUUGGUACAUUUAAACAGGAUGUGUAUGUACAAGCAUAUUGUCGUGUGUGCACCUGAAAACAGAAAAGAGAAUGUUGUUGUCGGGGUGGAGGAAAUGUCUUCGGAAAAUGUUUUAGGCUGUCGUGUUUUCUGUGUGAGCUGCUGGCAUUAUUGCAAAAAAAUUAAAGGACGUGUUUUCAAAGUGCUUUGCCCUCAUAUUCUUAAAAGUUGCCCAUGAAUAUAUUUGUCAAGAAUUGACCAAUGGAACUUGUGGUGAAAAGGUAUUGAAAUUCCAUGAUUCAGUCAAUUCUAAAAUACUGUAUUGUAAUGUACAAGGCUGAUAAAAAAAAUAUCUUACCAAUACAUAUUCAAAUCAAGUUUGAAGAAAGCGUAAGCAACUCCAAUUUGGAAGGCACAGAAGUCGUCAAAAACACUACAGGGGUAUAGUUGUGGAAGGUGUGAUGUUACGGAACAGUCAAGAGCAUAGAAACAAAAGAAUCAAGCGCCAUGGAUAUGAAACACCGUGAGAACGGGAAGUUUUCAGACCCCCUUAAAUUCUUCACUCUUUGUUAUAUUGCGACCAUUUGUUCAAGUCAUUGAAGUUCAUUUUUUCCUCAUUAAUGUACACACAGCGGCUGUGUUUGAGAAGACCUUCCAGCUCACAGCGCAUGUCAGCGCAAAUGAGAAGCAUGAGGUCCAAGGAACUGCCUGAAGAGCUCAGAGACAGAAUUGUGGCAAGGCACAGAGCUGGCCAAGGUUACAAAAAAAAUGUCAUGGCGAAACACAUUUAAUUUGAUUUGAAUGGGAUUGAAAUUAAACUGUCAAGCAUUUCAGAAAAAACAUUAUCAUCAAACAAAACAUAACCAUAAAUAAAUGAAUGAUGGUUGUUGUUCAGUCAUCAGUCGUAUUUAAAAAAAAAAAAAAAACAAUAUUUCACAAAUUCUGCCAGAGUAUGUAAAUUUAUGAGCACAACUGUACAUAUAUGCAGUUGUACGUACCCCUGUCAUAAUGGAAUGAAAGUGUACCCAUAACCACUAGAUGACGGCAUACAUUUAUAAAAUGGUAAAAAAAAAAAUGUUCUUCUUCAUUUCCCCCUAUACCCAUGUAUAAUGCGCACCAUUGACGUUUGACAUUUUGGGGGGGAAAAAAUGCACAUUAUACACGAGAAAUGACGGUACAUUUCCCCCCAAACGCUACUCAAGUAAAUGUAAAACGUUACU